AUGGCGAAUUGGAAACCGAAUCCUGGUCACGGCACCAUAAUGUUGGGGCAGAUUGACGUUGAUUUUCGGUUGAUGUAUGGUAUCAACGAUGGAGUUAAGAAGUGGAAUUUGGCGUUUCCAAAACUGGUGAAAUACCUAGAUCGACCAUACAAAGACGAUUUUUCAAAGAAAAUUCUGGAAUGCCUAACAUCUCCAGAAUUUGACUUAGAUGUUAAAACCUGUGCCUUUCUCCUGCUUCUGAACAAUGUUCUAAAACCAACAAAGGUAACUCGAAAAUUUAAGCCAUCGAUUUUGGCAGCUCAGGAAGAAAUCAUAUUGUUUGCGGCAUCAAACGACUUGGCUGCUGGCGUCUUAACUAAAUUCAACGAAGACUAUUCUAAUUACGGAUUUCAACCGGCUCCGAAACUGAUAUUCAUCGGCAAAGGUAUUGACUCUCUUGAAGGGGAGUUUCAGGUACGUUUCCAGGACUUCAGUUAUCGAUUCGAUAGUGCAAGUAGAGCCAUAGAUGUUCUGGUUAAAUUCUGUGCUGUUUUUGGACUGGAGCAUUCUCGAACAUUUUCAACAGUUAAACCGGGAAAUGACGAAACCGAUCAUCAGCAAAAUACAAUAUCUGCACUUGCUAAAAAUUUAGAAGAUUUUAACAAGGCCGCAGUUGCUUUUACAUUAGAAUUACACAAUGAGUCAACUAAAUGCUAG